AUGAGGGGCCACAUCCAUCGCUUCCCCCAGAAGCGCCUCCAAUCGCCAAAACUGUGCAGCAUAUAAAAGGGCAAAAGAAGGGCCAAUAAGAGGACUUUUCCUUGCUCGAGCAUCGUUUUCCGAAGGUAGAGGAUGGGCGCCACCAAAGGUUCGGAGUCCCAGGACAGCGCGGCCGAGCAAGUAUCGCUGCUCCAAGGGGCGGGAAAAGUGCCCGGAUACCCAGCGCGGCCUUGGGAUUCGAGCCCUUCCUCUCAGAGUGCUGAAGACCAGUACACUUACAAAGGGGCCAGAUACAACGAGCAACCUCCGCAAACUAACAGAGGUUCAGAGGAGGGCUGGCAUCAUGGCCUCUUUGACUGCUUCAGCGACAUCCCGCUCUGCCUUCAGACGUGCUUCUGCCCCUGCAUAACGGUCGGCCAGAACAUCGAGGUCAUUGACAAUGGCGUGACGCCAUGUCCCCUAGGGGCGGCGUUUUGGUAUCUGUUCCAACAGGUCACUGGGUGCGCGUGCAUCUACAGCUGCAUGUACCGGUCGAGGCUGCGUGCCAAGUAUCACCUGCCGGAGGAGCCGUGCUGGGAUUGCUGUGUGCACGGAUGCUGUUUGCCAUGUGCCCUUUGUCAAGAGUACAAGGAGCUGCGGACACGGGGCCUCGAUCCCGCACUCGGGUGGCAGCAUGGGCGGACGGUCGUUGUACCACCCCAGCCACAGCGGCUACAGUAACUUUUGUUUCAUCAUCCAACGGUGGAUCCACGUACAAUUGCAGUCGAGCACUAUUCAGAUGACCUCGAAUGAAUGGCCGUAAUCACAGUAGCAAGACAAACACGUCCUCAAAUGUAGGCUCGUGAAGAAGGUAGAAAGUUGAGUCUUAUCUCGUUUACUGGUGUUAUUUGAUGACGGACUCAGUAUAUGUGGGCAACUCGGUUGCCUUUGUAUGUACAACUCAGCAACUCGGUUGCUUUUUUAUGUAGAGAGUAUGUAAUGAUUGAAGUUUCGGAGCUGAAGAACACGUCCCUACGUUCCGAUUGUCUGAAGUAACUUCCAAAGAAAAAGGUCGGCGUUUCAAUAAAUAUCGCUGGGAGGCUAUUUGAAUUGAAACAUAAGAAGCUGCGGGAUUCAUGUAAGAAUUGUAAAGGUCAGUGGAAACAAGCACGGAAGCCAGAUGGAGACUUCAGAUAGAGUUGAUCGAUAUACCUGGUUAUGAUCAUGGGCUGAAUAUCUGGAAAACUUUUCAGACAUGUAACAUGCUCGAAGCCGAGCGGCUGUAGCUGCUGCAGCAAGGAUUCACCGGUUUUCUGUCAUUGGUAUACGGU